AGUCAUGGGAAUGGAUACUGCCAGUUAACUAGGCGGCCGUGGGGCGGGGAGUGGAGGAGUGUCUCACCGCAGAGCUUUCAUCUAGGGUGUCGAACGGGUUAUCCGCCUCUGCCCAGCCACUCUCCUGCCUUAUCCACGUGGGCUCUCUAAACACUCAUAGAGUGCCCUGAAACCACUAAGGAAAGAGAAGAAACAUCUUUCCUCCUAGGUUUUGAGUUGUUUUCCUUAGGUUACAGCACCGUGGUUGGGCGGGAGAGCACCAGGGUUCCGAGGAAAGUCAUGGUGGAGCCUAAAGAGCUCUAUAAUAAGAAGGGAGCCAAGUCUUGGGCAGCAUGACGACGGAGACCUUCGUGAAGGAUAUCAAGCCCGGGCUCAAGAAUCUGAACCUUAUCUUCAUUGUGCUGGAGACAGGUCGAGUGACUAAGACAAAGGACGGGCACGAAGUUCGAACUUGCAAAGUAGCAGACAAAACAGGCAGCAUCAAUAUCUCUGUCUGGGAUGAUGUGGGCAAUCUGAUCCAACCUGGGGACAUUAUCCGGCUCACCAAAGGGUACGCAUCAGUGUUCAAAGGUUGCCUCACAUUGUACACUGGCCGUGGGGGUGAUCUGCAGAAGAUUGGAGAAUUCUGUAUGGUUUAUUCUGAAGUUCCUAACUUCAGUGAGCCCAACCCAGAGUAUAGCAACCAGCAGGCACCCAACAAAGUGGUGCAGAAUGACAGCAGCCCUACGGUCCCCCAGGCUACCACCGGAGCCCCUGUCACCUCUCCAGCUUCUGAGAACCAGAAUGGGAAUGGACUGAGCACCCCACCAGGUCCUGGUGGUGGCCCCCACCCUCCUCAUGCUUCUUCCCACCCUCCCAGCACCCGGAUUACUCGAAGCCAACCCAACCACACACCUGCCGGCCCUUCCAACAACCCUGUCAGUAACGGCAAAGAAACCCGAAGAAGCAGCAAAAGAUAGCGAGACACUCUUCCUCCCCUCCUGCCACCAACCACAACCCAGGUGUCUGCCUCUGCUGGAGGACCAGACAGCCUUCUGCUGGGCUGCUGGCUUUGGCACAGGGGAGGUGGGUAGCAGUAUUUUAGCCACUAAACUUCCCUGGAGAGGUGAUUGCACAGUGGUCUUAUCCCCCCCCCCCCGCCCCCAUAUCUACCUUGUCCAGACUGUCCCCUGGGAUUCAGAGCCCUCUCUAGAAAUGACAGUUGAACUCUUUCUUGUGUGUAUGAUAUGAGGGUCUUAUUCCCACCUCUCCUGCCUAAAUAAAUGUUACCACUCUGCA